GGGGUUGAAGCCCUAUGCGGCUCUGCGCGUAAUUUGUGCGCUAGCAUUAUUCGAACACUCUGAGUGCCUCACGAUUGAUUCUGGGACCGAGCCGACAACCACGACAAAUCGCCAUUUCCUCCACCAACACCACGGUAGAGGAUUCCGACAAUUCCGACGUAGUCUUCUUUACCUAAAGGCAGGACAAGAUGUCGACUUUCGAGCAAGUCAUCACCAUUGAUGGCAAGGGCCACCUCCUCGGUCGCCUGGCCUCGACCGUUGCUAAGCAGCUCCUCGAGGGACAGAAGAUCGUUGUUGUGCGCUGCGAGGCCCUCAACAUCUCUGGAGAGUUCUUCCGUGCGAAGCUAAAGUACCACGCCUACCUCCGCAAGAUGACCCGUUACAACCCAACCCGUGGUGGUCCGUUCCAUUUCCGCGCCCCAUCCCGCAUCUUCUACAAGACCGUCCGUGGUAUGAUUCCACACAAGACUGCCCGUGGUGCCGCCGCCAUGGAGAGACUUAAGGUCUUUGAGGGUGUCCCAGCCCCAUACGACAAGGUCAAGCGCAUGGUUGUCCCCCAGGCCCUCCGUGUCCUCAGACUUAAGCCCGGACGCAAGUACUGCACUGUCGGCCGCCUGUCCCACGAGGUCGGUUGGAAGUACCAGGAUGUUGUUGCCAGGCUCGAGGAGAGACGUAAGGUUAAGGGAUCGGCAUACUACGAGCGCAAGAAGGCUGCAAGGAGACAACUCGCCGAGGCCCAGAAGAGCGCAAAGGUCGACACCAAGACCCAGGAGCAACUUGCGUCGUUCGGAUACUAAACGUCAAACUCAAAUCGAUUCGCGAUAUAAUGGGUAUUGAGGUUGGGUCUGGGCUGUUCUUGUUUCUUUUUCACUGGCAAUACCUUGUCGGCCCUAUUACUGGGUAGACCCAAGGCUGAUUCAAUAUCAUACAAUGCACGGACUGGGAUUGCCGCAUCGGAAAAGAGCGCUGAUGAAGGAGGGAACUCACGGGUGUACAGUCUAUGAAUACUGGCAUGCUGCUCCAU